AUGGACACAGGGAUUAUUGGCCCCGUUACUGUUAUGCCAAAAUACACCGAACAAUUUGGCGCCACAUCUGCAAUCGUCCACGGUCUGAUCGUGUCUGCAAUCCUCAUCCCGGCUGCCCUCUCAGCCUUUGCUGCCGGACGUGCCGCUGAUGCAAUCGGUCGCGCGAAAGCCAUCACUUUUGGUGGUCUGAUCUUCGGUUUGGGUGCGGCGCUUGAAGCUGGUGCUGCGCAUCUGGGUAUGUUCAUCACUGGAAGGGUGCUUGAGGGUUUUGGCGAGGGGUUGUUCUUAGGUAACCUAGCUGUAUACAUCACCGAGAUCUCGCCACCACGCAGCCGUGGAAUACUGACAUCCUACCCGCAAUUGAUGAAUACCAUCGGGCUAACAGUAGGCUUCUUCUCCUGCUAUGGCUCGCGCAACGUGGACUCAUCGAUGUCAUGGCGGCUCCCAUUUGUACUUCUUUCUGCUUCCGCGUUCAGUUUCGCAGGCAUAAGUUGGCUCUGGCUUCCGGAAAGUCCGAGAUGGCUGCUCGUCCGAGGGCGGAAAGAGGAGGCGACGAAAGCGUGGGAUGUUCUGGGUGUUGCCAGUGCAGACCGAGAGAAGGUUGAGCAUGAGCAAGAGAUGGCAGUCAUCGGUGGUUCUGGAAGUGUCGAAGCACAGCCCUCUGAGGCAAAGGAUGGCUCAGGAUGGCUGGCCGCGUUUGCGCCGGAUGUGCGAGCAAGGACGCUACUCGGUGCUUUCGCGAUGGGGAUGCAACAGAUGAGUGGCAUCGACGGAAUUCUCUAUUAUGCACCUCUCCUCUUCGAACGCGCAGGUCUUAGCUCCACGAAAGCGUCUUUCCUGGCCUCUGGAGUCUCUGCCAUCGUCAUCAUGGUCGCCUCCGUAGCUGCCCUCGUCUAUCAAGACAAAUGGGGUCGACGACACUCCACAAUUUACGGGGGUCUGGCACUCUCACUGAUCAUGUUCCUCAUAGGGAGCUUGUACGCCUCCUCCUCAGUCCAUGAAACGUACGGCGCAGGUCGAUGGGUCGUGAUUGCCUCAAUCUACCUCUUUGCUGUAGUCUUUUGCACGACGUGGGCGAUGGGUAUAAAGACCUGGGUGGCGGAAUGUCAACCACAGCGUUCACGCUCGAGUGCCACAAAUCUUGCAUACGGGAGCAACUGGCUGACGAACUUCCUUGUUGCACUCACUACGCCGGUGCUAUUGGAUAGCAGUAGCUUCGGGGCAUACUUCUUGUUUGGAGGUUGCACGUUUAUCACCGCUAUCGUUUGCUUGAUGUGGAUGCCGGAGACGAAGGGCAAAUCGCUCGAGGAGAUUGAGGCCGCGUUCGCGAAGAAGGCUCCAGGGAGUAGGAGUCUGCUGCGGCUGAUGAGAAGGCCCUUUUGA